AAAAACAGGCAUGCAUUCCCCAGGAACUGUGAACACAGAACACAGAGCAAAAACAAAACUACCGAUACAUCAACAUUCAUUUAACCUACUACCCAACAGCCGCUACCCAAGUGGAGAUUAUAAUAACGGCACUCAGUCAGUGGACUCAUCAUAUGAAAUCAGGAGAAACUCUGGGAAAUAAAGAGUACUGAGGAGAGACAAGGAAAGGAAGAAGAAGAAGAAAAAGAGAGGUGGAUAAAUCUUCUUCCUCAGAGAAAGUAGCUCAUCAAAAUGAGCGGGAUCGCACAGACAGGAAUGAGUUCAUUUGCACUCGUAUCCCGCACGUUCUUCCUCCUGCUCUUCCUCCUCCUCGUUGCUCACCCCAGUGCUAGCCAGGCUGCUAACACCAACGACUCCAGCCUGGCCGAUGGCUCCAAGAACAAAGCGGCAUCACAGGGGAACGUGACAUCACAGAGCCCGGCUCCGGGCUGCGGGCCCGGGCUGGACCCGGUGUACUCCUACCUGUGUGACCGGCAGGCGGCGUGGGGCAUCGUGGUGGAGGCGCUGGCCACUCUGGGCUUCCUGGUGACGGCGGGGCUGGCGCUGGGGCUGGUCGCCUGGGCGAUGUGGGCGUGCCUCCCGCCGCGCCGUCGCAGGGGGAUCGGGGCGGGCGUGGUCACGCAGCUGCUCUUCCUGGUGGGCGUGGCCGGGCUGUUCGGGCUGACCUUCGCCACGGUGAUUCGGCUGACGCCGCGGACCUGCCCCACGCGCGUCUUCCUGUUCGGCGUCCUGUUCGCGCUCUGCUUCUCGGCGCUCCUGGCCCGCUCGGCGGCCCUGCUGGGCUUCGCGGCGGUGCGCGGCUGGGGCGAGCCGCUGGCGGCGCUGGCGCUGAGCGCCGUGCAGGUGAUCGUGGCGACGGAGUGGCUGAUCACGGUGCUGGUGCGGGACGGGCUGCCCUGCGCCUACAGCCAGGCCGAGUUCGCCAUGCUGCUCAUCUACGUGCUGUGCCUGCUGGCCGCGGCGCUCCUCUUCUCCCUGUGGAGCCUCUGCCGGUCCUGCUGCGGCUACGGCUACGGCUACGCCGGCACCUCGCAGGGCCACGCCCGCUGGCAGGCCGCCCUCCUCUUCCUGGCCGCCCUGCUCUCCGCCUGCAUCUGGGUGGUGUGGAUCGCGCUGCUGACCCGCGGCAACCCGGCCAUGGGCCGCCGGCCGCUGUGGGACGACCCGGUGCUGAGCGUGGCGCUGGUGUCCAACGGCUGGGCGCUGCUGCUGUGCCACGCCCUGCCCCAGCUGGCCUUCCUGUGCCGGGGCGAGGCCUGGCUGAAGGAGGGCCCGCUGGACUUCGCCGGCUGGACCAGCCCCACCAGCGGCAUCGGCAGCCUGGGAGCAGCCAAGCAGGGCCGCGAUAACGGAACCUUCCAGAACGACACGCAGGACAGGGGUAAAGGGCAGGAACCUGUUCUGCGGUCACCUUAUGAGUCUGGCUUCUCCAUGGCAGAAAUAGACCCUGAUAAGGAUUACACCAUCCCUCGCGCUCAAACCGCCAACAUCAAUGAGCCCUAUGAUGAAUACUACGGUCACCCGCUGUAAAACUGCACAAAAACACGCACGCACACACACGCACACACACACACACACACACGCACACAC